AGGGCAUGUGUUCUCUUUCACUGAUAGAAGCUACGUUUGUAUCACGUUGACAACUUUAAAGCCAUUGGGACGUGUUUCAGUGGACAGCAAAAUGAAUAACAGAGCAGGUUCCAUUUUAUGGAACCUCAGACAAUUCACUACUGUAUCUCCAACAAGCACAACUGUGAGGCUGUAUCCUUUGGGAUUUUGCAGACCAAAAACUGUUUAUUCAAACUGGAACCCAAGAAACCUUCUCUUGAAUAACCUUGAAAACAAAAUGCAAUCAUCUAUUAGAUAUCUCUUUCAGGAUGCCUUGAUUUUUAAAUCAGAAGAUGAUGACUUUCGAACAAAGGGCAUAAGCACUGUAACAGCCCUUAUAGUCAACAGACUACUCUGUCCUAGAAGACUGUGCUUUGACUCAAAACAGUCUCCUGUCUCUGAUAAUGAAUUGAAGAAAAUAAACUUUCAUCAUCAGGCCUCUAAUGAAGAUGUUUCCACCAAGGAAACAAAACCAACCCCUGUCACCUUUAGAAAACUGUCUCAGGAAUGUAAUUCCCUGAGUGAUGUGUUAGAUAAAUUUUCAGAAGUACCUACAUUUCCUAGUAGUAACUAUUUCUUAGCAAUGUGGACAAUUGCCAAAAGGAUGUCCAAUGACCAGAAGCACUUUGAAAAACAACUGAUGUUUAAUCACCCUGCAUUUAUCCAGCUGUGUGAACAAAUGAUGAGAGAAGCCAAGAUCAUGUACUAUGACCACCUGCUGUUCAGUCUUUAUGCUAUAGUGAAGCUUGGUGUUCCUCAGAACACUCUGUUGGUACAGACUUUGCUGAGGGUGGUUCAGGAGCGUAUCAAUGAGUGUGAUGAGAAAUGUCUUUCAGUUUUGUCAACUGUUUUAGAAGCAAUGGAGCCAUGCAAGAAUGUGGAGGUUCUUCGAGCAGGAUUGCGGAUACUAGUUGAUCAGCAAGUUUGGAAAAUAGAACGUGUCUUCACACUACAAUCUGUGAUGAGAAGUAUUGGAAAAGAUGCCCCAGUUGCUCUUAAAAGGAAACUGGAGAUGAAAGCUUUGAGGGAAUUAGACAGAUUUUCUAUUUUGAAUAGCCAGCACAUGUUUGAGGCACUAGCUGCUAUGGAUCACCGUUCUAUUAUACUCCUGAAUGAAUGCAGUAAGAUGGUCAUAGGUAAUAUCCAUGGGUGUCCUUUAAAAAUAUUGAUCAACAUAAUGCAGUCUUGCAGAGACCUUCGAUACCGUAAUUUAGAUCUUUUCAAUGGGAUAGCAGAUUAUGUGGCUACAACUUUUGACAUCUGGAAGUUGAAACAAGUUCUUUUUCUCCUUAUUUUAUUUGAAAACUUUGCCUUUCGACACACUGGUUUGAUGGACUUAUUUAUGAAGAAAGUGGUAGAUGAACCUGGCUUCCUCAACAUGAAAAGCAUUGUCUCUAUUCUUCAUGUGUAUUCUUCUCUGAAUCACCUCUACAGGGGUCAGACCCGAGAGUUCCUAGAAGUUAUGGCCAGUGCUCUGACUGGUUAUCUCCACCACAUCUCUUCUGAAAACCUGUUGAAUGCUGUGUGUUCAUUUUGCUUGAUGAACCAUUUUCCCUUGGCUGCUAUUAAUCAGCUUCUCCAAAAGGACAUCAUCAGUGAGCUGCUGAGGUCAGAUGACAAAGAGAGGAAUGUUCACAGGCUUCAUGUUUUGGCUGCCUGUCUAAAACUUGACGAUGCUCCUUAUCACAAGGCCGUAGACUUAGUACUGCCGCCGCUGCCGUCCGCCCGGUUGUAUCCGAAUGCAAAGGUUGCUGCGGUGCUGAACAGCCUCCUGGGGGAGGGCCACUUCGCAGCGAAUGUGCAGUUGCCACAUAAUUAUCAUGUCGACUUUGAAAUCAGAAUGGAUUCUAGCAGGAGUCAUGUUCUUCCACUUUCUGAUGUGAAUGGAGUAACUUCUGCUACAGAUACUCAAAGAGUAGCUGUAUUAUGUGUUCCUAGAUCUACUUACUGUUUGGAUUUAACCCACCCCAGAGGAUUUCUUGCUAUGAAAGUGCGUCAUUUGAAAGUAAUGGGUUUUCAUGUGAUCUUGGUCAAUAAUUGGGAGAUGGAAAAACUACAGAUGAAGGAUGCAGUCACAUUUUUGAAGUCUCAAAUCUAUUCAACUGAAGAUCCUCCUACUGCUGAUGUUAAUUUUCAAAGCACAUAUUAAAGUAAAUAACAACCUUUUCA